GCAGCUAUGGAAGAAGAGCUGAAAUGCCCCGUCUGCGGUUCGCUCUUCCGGGAGCCCAUCAUCUUGCCCUGUUCGCACAAUGUCUGCCUGCCCUGCGCCCGCACCAUCGCUGUGCAGACGCCGGAGUCCGAGCAGCAUCUGCCCACCAUGCUGCACCCCCGAGGCCCUGCGGCAGUGCCAGUGCCAGUGCCAGGUACCGGAGCUACAAGCGGGCCGGCCUCUCUGGACUAUGAGUGUGGCGCUGGCGGAAGCAGCGGGACCGCUGGCGGCGGUGGCGGGGACCACGCCGACAAGGUGAGCUUGCACAGGUUGGCGGCCGCGGCGGCCGCGGCGGGCCCCCGCGGGAGCGGAACCAGCUCCUCGCUCACCUGCCCGCAGUGCCAUCGCAGCGCUUCCCUGGAUCCUCGGGGCCUGCGCGGCUUCCAGCGCAAUCGCCUCUUGGAAGCCAUCGUGCAGCGCUACCAGCAGAGCCGGGCCGCAGCCUCGGCCACGGCCAAGUGCCAGCUGUGCGACCGCAGUCCUCCGGAGGCGGCCGCGGUGCUGUGCGAACAGUGCGAGGUGCUCUACUGCUCGGCUUGCCAGGUCAAAUGUCACCCGUCCCGCGGGCCCUUCGCCAAGCACCGCUUGGUUCCUCCGCCCAGCCAGCAACAGAGCGCCCCCAGCGGCGCGGGCGGGGCGUGCGGCGGAGGAAGCAAAGGCCCGGGAGCUGCCCGCAAGUCACCAACGUGCGCGGACCAUGAGCUGGAGAACUACAGCAUGUACUGUGUGACCUGCCGGACCCCCGUCUGUUAUCAGUGUCUGGAAGAAGGGAAACACUCCAAGCACGAGGUGAAGGCCUUGGGAGCCAUGUGGAAACAGCACAAGGCACAACUGUCCCAGGCUUUGAAUGGCAUUUCAGAUAAAGCAAAGGAAGCGAAAGAAUUUUUGGUUCAGCUGAAAAAUAUUUUACAGCAGAUACAGGAAAAUGGCUUGGACUAUGAAGCUUGUCUAGUUGCUCAAUGUGAUGCUUUAGUUGAUGCCUUGACUCGCCAGAAGGCCAAACUGCUCACAAAAGUUACCAAAGAGCGUGAGCACAAGCUAAAGGUUGUAUGGGACCAGAUAAACCACUGUACUCUGAAACUGCGACAGUCAACAGGGCUUAUGGAAUAUUGUCUAGAAGUAAUCAAAGAAAAUGACCCUUCUGGUUUUUUACAGAUUUCAGAUGCUUUAAUCAAACGUGUUCAAGUAUCUCAGGAGCAGUGGGUCAAAGGAGCCCUGGAACCAAAAGUAUCCGCUGAAUUUGAUCUGACAUUGGACAGUGAACCACUACUGCAGUCAAUCCAUCAGCUGGACUUCAUUCAGAUGAAAUGUAGGGUUCCUCUUUCAGUGCCUCCAGUCCCACUCCUGCAGCUGGAGAAGUGCUGUACUCGAAACAACAGUGUGACCCUUGCCUGGCGGAUGCCGCCUUUUAGCCACAACCCAGUGGAGGGAUACAUCUUGGAGCUUGAUGAUGGAGAUGGUGGCCAGUUUCGAGAAGUGUAUGUGGGCAAGGAAACCCUGUGUACAAUUGAUGGUCUUCAUUUCAAUAGUACCUACAAUGCAAGAGUUAAAGCCUUUAAUUCAUCUGGGGUGGGCCCUUAUAGCAAGACAGUUGUUUUACAAACUUCUGAUGUGGCCUGGUUUACAUUUGACCCCUGUUCAGCCCAUAGAGACAUAGUCCUCUCAAACGACAACCAGACUGCUACCUGCAGCAGCUAUGACGACCGUGUGGUUCUGGGCACUGCAGCUUUCUCGAAGGGAGUCCACUAUUGGGAGCUGCACGUGGACCGUUACGACAACCAUCCAGACCCAGCCUUUGGGGUUGCUAGAAUCAAUGUGGUCAAGGACAUGAUGCUGGGGAAGGAUGACAAAGCCUGGGCCAUGUAUGUUGACAACAAUCGCAGCUGGUUCAUGCAUUGCAACUCCCACACUAAUCGGACAGAAGGGGGUGUUUCGAAGGGUGCAACUGUAGGUGUUCUUCUGGACCUCAACAAGCACUCCUUAACGUUUUACAUAAAUGGGCAGCAGCAGGGCCCUCCAGCAUUUGAGAAUGUGGAGGGUGUUUUCAUGCCUGCGUUAAGCCUCAACCGAAAUGUUCAGGUGACUCUACACACAGGUCUGGAGGUACCUCAGACUGUAAGACCACCAAAGCUGCCAAGCAACUGA